GCGCGAGAAAUUUCACUGAGCCGCUGUAGUGCAGAACAAUUAACGUUGAUCACGCCCAAUUGCUCUGUACUGGAAAUAACCAUGUUACAAUCGACAAUAACCAAUAUAGGUGCCAUUCUUCUUCUGUGCGUAGACGAAUAUGCCCGAGAAGAAACCAGAGAUAAGAAAUUCAGCGUCCACACGGGCGCAGCGAUGGAGCAAGGUUCAAAAGAUGCGAAGGAAACCACUGAUGAUGCCCACAUUCGUUUGAAGAGGCAACUCGGCUGGAUCGGUGGCACUGCUGUCCUGGUUGGAAACGUCGUAGGGUCUGGGAUAUUCGUGACACCAAGUUUGAUAUUUCGAAAUUCGGAAUCAGUUGGAGUAGCACUCCUGAUAUGGUGUCUGAGCGGGAUGCUAUCUCUGAUGGGCGGCCUGUGCUACGCGGAACUCGCAGCCGUGCUACCAGCCUGCGGCGGUGACUACGCUUACAUCGUCGCUGCCGGCAGGGCUCUGGGCAGGGCUGGCGACCUUACGGCCUUCAUGUGCGCCUGGAGCUUCGCUACGCUAUCGGACCCGUUAGGGGGAGCCACUCAGGGCCUCACUUUCUCGACGUACGCUCUGAGUCUCGCCUAUACUGAUUGCACACCUCCGUACGUGGUCAGCGUUCUGGUUGCGGUGACGUUCAUCUGUGAGUACAAGAUUGCCCCGCUUUGAACAGGACGCCCAUUGGGUCUACUGCGAGCCCCGAAACAAUGUCACAGCGUUGCUACGGUACAGUGAAAUACAUUUUACAGCGAAGC